AUGUUGGCAGUGCCAGAUUUCGAAGCCGGCGCGAUGGAGAACUGGGGUUUGGUCACUUAUCGAGAAACGGCCCUUCUUUAUAAUCAGCUAACGUCUUGGCAGGCAAAUAAGGAUCGAGUGGCUGUUGUCGUCGCUCAUGAGCUGGCUCAUCAGUGGUUUGGCAACCUCGUUACCAUGCAGUCCUGGAACGAUCUAUGGUUGAACGAGGGCUUCGCUACGUAUUUCGAAGUCAUGGGCGCCGAUUAUAUACUUGGCAAUACGACGAGGAUGCAAGAUCGGUUCAACGUAGACCAGCUGCAGCCAGCACUACUCCUGGAUCAGCUGAAUAACACGCGACCGAUCUUAGCCGACGUCGUUUCUCCGUCAGAAAUAGAAUCCAUCUUCGACGCCAUAACUUAUAAUAAGGGAGGAUCCGUUAUUAGGAUGCUAGCCUACACGUUGGACAUGGACGGAAAGCCGGUGUUCCAAAAAGGACUCCAGUCGUGGAUAACGAAGGCGGGUUAUCCUGUUAUUACUGUUAGUCGAGAUUACAGUUCAAGUGUUGCAGUUCUGUCCCAAAGCCGCUUCUAUCUUUGUUCCGAGGAUUCCAAAAACAGCAGCGACGCUUGGUACGUGCCCAUUUGGUACAAACAGCGGAACGAUCAAGAGAACAGGUUCGUUUGGCUGAACGCCAAUAAGAAGGCCACCGUAACCGGCCUGUCCAAUGACGAUUGGCUGUUGGUCAACGUCAGACAGAAAAGCUUUUGCCGCGUCAACUACGACCUCAGAAACUGGAAACUCAUUCAGCAGCAGUUGCUAGACGACUAUGAGAAAAUUCACUUUCUUAGCAGGGCCCAACUGCUGGACGACUCGCAAAAUCUGGCCAGGGCCGGGCUGAUAUCGUACGAACUGGCCCUUAACCUGACCAAGUACCUCAGCAAGGAGACAAGCUACGUUCCAUGGACAGCUCUGCUGCCGACGUUCUACCACCUGCACACCAUGAUGGCCGAGAAACCGGAGUUCGUUUACUACAAGAAGUAUAUGCACAUUCUGCUGCGGCCGCAAAUGCAGAGGCUGAACGAUCGUGUAGAUGAGUUUCUGAAGAACGUCGUUGUCCACCAGGCUUGCGCACUGGGCGAAUCGACGUGCGUCCGGAUGGUGCUGAACAUGUUCGACAAGUUCAAAGACGACUGUGGCAACAGCACGACCGGAACGGCGUCGUGCAGCAGAAUACCUCCUUAUUAUCGACGCGAGGUGUACUGUACAGCGAUGGCGCAUGGCAGCAGCGAGGAUUGGCUGCUGUUAUGGAAUCUGUACAAAAGCGAAGAACAGCCCGUCGAAAGUAUGAACCUACUACAUGGCUUAUGCUGCACAAGGAAACCGGAUUUGAUAUCGACAUUAUUAAGCCAGGCUGUUAAGGCGGACCCGACGGUCAGAAAACAAGACAUCCCGUUCAUAUUUCAGUCGCUCAAGACGAACACCGCUGCAAAAUGGCUGAUAUGGACUUUCCUUGUUAACAACGUCGAUCGCAUAUUGAAAAAGUAG